CACCAAUGUGGUACAAGAUAAUUUUUUUAGGUGUAAACAAGUGUCAUCACAGAUUUUGAGUGAUUUUUUAGAAAUGUCAUUUUUUGGAUUUUGAAUACUACAGAUCACAGAAUCGUCGUGAGGCUAUUCUUCCUCAAUGAUUAAGUCUAUUAAGUACCGUUUUGAUGAUGUGGCGAGUUUAGUGUUUUUCCGGUUGAUUAGAAUAUUUCGUUUGCCACGUUAGUACUUAACAGACUUUAUUUACGGAGAGUGACCACACUUGAAAUAUUAAACUAAUCUUAGUGACCACGAUGAAAUUAAAUAUUUUUACCGACUAAACUGAACACUUUUGGUAAUUCCAGGACCAAACUUGCAAUGUUUCCGAUUAACUAUAUUUCUUUACCAUUUCGUAUCUUUCGGUGGACACUUUUUUCCUUUUCCCGAUUCCUUCUCUGCAUUUUCAGUUUUCGUCGUCACUCUCACUCGCAAACACUCUCUCUCUCCCUCCUCCUCCGUUUUCUACUCUCCCCUUCUCCUCCAAGCAGCGCAACCGCAGCAGCCGGAGAAGGGAACGAAAGGCAGGCCGCCGUACCGAAAAAUGCCGCCGAAUUCCGCCGACAACAACGCUCUCAACGGCGGCCACCACCACCAUCACCACCACCAAAGAAAACCACCUCCGGCGCCAGCAGCAGCAGGGCCACCACCAACGCCUCCACUCCCUCCUCCUCCUUCCGCCGCCGUCACCGCUUUCGCCCCGCACAACCACCACCACCACGGCGACCACGGCGGUGGGCACCACCACCACCAUCCUCGCCACCACCACUACCACCCCUACUACCCGUCCUACUCCACCUCCUCAAAAGCCUCCGUAAAGGGCUGCUGCUGCUGCCUCCUCCUCCUCCUCUCCCUCCUCUUCCUAAUCGCCAUCGCGGUCGCGCUCGUCGUCGUCCUCGCUGUGAAGCCCAAGAAGCCCCAAUUCGACCUCCAGCAGGUCGGCGUCCAGUACAUGGGGAUCAACACCCCGACCCCGACCGCCUUCGACCCGGCCACCACCGCCGCCGCCUCGAUCUCCCUCGCGAUUCACAUGCUCUUCACCGCCGUGAACCCGAACAAGGUCGGGAUCAAGUACGGCGAGUCCAGGUUUACAGUCAUGUACCGCGGAAUCCCGCUCGGGAAGGCCUCUGUCCCUGGGUUCUUCCAGGAAGCACACAGCGAGCGGAAAGUUGAGGCCACCGUCGCCGUCGAUCGGUACAGCUUGAUGCAGGCCGAUGCGGCGGAUUUGAUUAGAGAUGCUUCGUUGAACGACCGGGUGGAGCUUCGGGUUUUGGGUGAAGUCGGAGCUAAGAUCCGGGUCAUGGAGUUCGAUUCCCCUGGUGUUCAGGUAUCGGUGGAUUGCGCAAUCGUGAUCAGCCCGAGGAAGCAAUCUGUUACGUACAAACAAUGUGGAUUCGAUGGACUGAGCGUCUAGUCAGUUUCAUCCAUCCUUGGUUACUAUAUAUUGCUAACACAACUUAAGGUUCUUCUCUCCUUUAUCCCUGGCCCUGAACCCUGAACAAGAAGAAGAAGAAGAGAUCAAAAGAAGGUGCAGAGAAGGGGGAAGAAGAAAGAUGGCAAGCUGGAAAAGGAGAGAAGGGUGUGGGAAAAAAAGUGGAGCCAUGAUCUUCUCUCGCAGUUGCUGCACAUGGUUUGGUGGACAAAGGGCAAAAGGAAAGCUUCUUACUCUGUUGGUAGUGGUGGAGUAGUGGAUGGUGCUGAAGAGAUGAUUAUUACUGUAUUAUUAUUAGCUUUGGGGAAAAGAAAGAAGAAAAAAGGCAAAGCUGGUUUUGGGAAGGUGAGGGAGAAAAUGGCGAAGGUCAAGUCUUCUUCCCUAUGAUUCUUUUUAGGGUUUUUUUUUCCUUUAAUUAUUGUUUUGUUGUGUUGUUCUCCAAAUGGGUUUACUUCGUUCUGAAGGAAGGAAGUGAUGGAGUGGAGUAGGAUAUGUGAAAUGUUGACAACCUGUAACUACAAAAGCUCGAUAUUUUUUUGUCCACUCCACUACAUUUCCACAUCUUUUCUUUGCUUCAAUGAUCCCAACCUAAGGUAGUAAGGUUGAUGUUGCCUUAACUACUUGUUUAAAAAUCGGAACUUUAGCGAAGUAUAUUAAUCAAAAUGAGUGGUUACAUUGUCCAGCACUGACCGAUCAACUAGAAAAAUCAGGGGUCUAUCAUUCCAAACAACUUAAUUACAAUGUGUUUCUGGAUGGGUCAUAAUGUGGACUGUCAUAUUACCUUCGCGGGGCGGUAAUGCUAGGUGCUAUCACCCAAACCACCUAGCAAACACCUUAUACUCCAAUACAUUGUACCCUAUUAUGUGUGUGCCACCUUGACCAUUUUAUGAGAUAAAGUAUGAAAGUCAAUCACCAUGGCAACAUUUGUAUUCACUUUUGCACAACCUCGAUGACUGACCAAGCGGAGCAAGGGCCUCUGUUUGGUCCGCUAGUGACUGAUAUGAACGGUAGUCUUCUAUGAAAAACUUUAUCGGGAGGUACAAUCUCAUGCUCGUCCAACUUUUGCCCAUUGAAUAACGGAGCAUUGCGCUCCUUACAAAAGAACCAGAAACUAGGUUGUCAAUAUGCGGGUAAAAGAACUGGAGAUUGAAAUAAGGAUUCGGGAUAUGGAAAGAAUUGGGGAGUAAAGAUAGGGAUUUAGAGGAGAAAGAAUGAAGUGUGAAGUUUAGACUAGUGUGAGAUGGGGGAGAGAGAUAUGGGAGAUUAAUACUCUGUUUCCGAAGGAAGGAAGGAAAAUAGAGGGGAAAGAAAAUUUGGAGGGGAGAGAAAUGGAGGGAAAGGAAAAGUGGAGGGGAGGGAAAAUGUUGUUUUAUGAAAAAAAGUGAAAGGAAAGGUGAGAGAGAAAAAGUAUAUUGGGAAGUGUGAUAGAUAUGUUAUUUUAUUGAUUAUGUAAUAGUAAAUUAAUUUAAUUAUGUCUUAAUAUCAUUUUCAUUAAUUCUGAAUAAUGAAUUUAAUCUAUUCUU